AUGGAUAACAUCAAAGGGGGAGAAGCGCAUGGAAGCGAAGAAGUUGUAGUGCUCUCCAGUGAUGAGGCGAUAGUGCUUGCCAGCGAGGAAGAUGAGGCCACCCCAGCUCUGCCAAUUCUACAUGGCAACAAACUAAAGGCGAACGAAAUCGAGCUGGAGCUGAAGGAGUGGAAAACGAAUAAGGAGGACUGCCAGUCCUUUCUUAAAAACAAAACAAUCAUGAGCUUCGCAGACUACAUAUCGAAAUACGACAGCGAAAUUAAGAAAAAAAAAAAUGAAGAAGAAGAAAUUGUCAUCAUCUGCACCAUUGUCAAUAUACCUUACCAAGUCAGGAAGUACAAUAACGAAAAAUUUAUUUUCUGGGACAUUUCCGAUUUGCAAAAUACACAAUCCAGGAUCUUCCUCACGGGAGAAAUUUGCGAACAAUUUGAAGCGGAAAAGGAAGGAGCCGUUAUCGCCCUUGUCAACCCAGUUGUGAAGGACAAAGAUCCACAGUAUUAUAACUCCAGGUUGUUAGAAGUAUCGGACAAUACAAAAUUAAAAGUCAUUGGAUUGAUCGAUAAAUUGGAAAGGUGUAAGGGGAGGAAGCGAAAUGGGGAAGGCUGCAAAAUUGUCAUUUACACACCCCUCUUUGGCCACUUUUGCAAGUACCACGUUAAGCAGGAUCGAACAAAACGGGGGAAGAAAAAGUACGGCAGGAGCGCCAGGUUCGUGGAAGUGGGACCAAUUACGUGGGACGAGGGGGAAGGAGUGAACGCGGCCGACGAAGUGAACGCAACGGAUGAAGCUGACGGAAAGGAAAACGACUCAUCCACCACCACCACCGAGACAGAGAAGAAAAAAAAGAAGAAAAAGGAAAACACAGGCGGUACAGCCCGUACAGACGGAGCGGACGCUUCGAACGCGGCGGGCGGAGAAUCCUUCGACAUCGAAUCCAUCAUAGGCAUGUACACAAACAAAAUAGUGGUAAAGGAUAAAAAAAAAAAAAAGGAACUGGUGGAAAACAGAAUAAAAGAACUGGACAACUUUUCAAAGCUAACGAAUGAUGGACUCGAUCUGGAGCUCCUGAACGAAAAGGAACCCACAGAAAAAGAAGAAGCCCCAACGGCGCAGAAGUCUGCUAACGCUAUCCUAACCGAACAGUGUCCCGAACUUAUACACUUAAUUUAUAAAUCGAAUAAGGCGGAUGAAGACAAAGAAGAAAUUAGUCUAAAGGAGCAAUUAAGAAUUAAAGAAGAAUCUCGAAAAAAAAAUGAACAGCUAGUUGCAUCCAAUGAAGAAAAGCAAAAAAGGAAGUUUGACAAUUUCUUAGUCAAACUAAUUGAGUUACAAAAAUCGAAAGACGAAAAUGAUGUGAAGACUCUCUUAAACGGGCUCAUUUACGUAACCAAUAAUUUCCACUUUAACUUAAAACAUGUGACCAGCUCCAACAUCUUUGACGUGUGCUACAAACUUAUGGAUCACAGGAGUGAGGAAGUUGCCAUGGCGGCUCUGAAAUUCAAGAGGAAAAUUAACACCCUUUAUAUUGAUUACUACAAGGAUAAGCUUAAGAGGCAAAAAGUUAAGCAAUCUGCGAAGGAGGGUCAGGACGCUGCUCACGUCAAGGUGGACAAAGGGGAACAGGACCAGCAGGUGUGUGCAUAA